UCUCCUCUGCUCUUCCAACAAAAAAGAGGAGAAAAAACUCAAGUUGGUUUGCGGUUGAAUUCAACGUUCAAAUACCGAUACAGAUUUGAAAGCAGGAUCAGAAGUUGAAAACGUGAUCUUGGUUCAGAGAAGAAAAAACAAAGUUUUGGUUCGGAAAAAUGACGAACAGUGAACUGGAAAACAAGCUGUUGGAGCAUGUAUACCAUGAAAACUGUCCCGGUUGUAAAGUGGAUCGACAAAAACGGAUGCAAACCGGGUUACCGCUCAAGGAACUCAUUAUCAUUUGGGUCACCGUCUUAUGCGUCGCACUGCCCAUAUCGUCUCUCUUUCCGUUUCUUUAUUUCAUGAUAAAGGAUUUUCAUAUUGCGGAAGAUGAGGAGGACAUUAGUUACUAUGCAGGCUUUGUAGGGUCUUCCUUUAUGGUUGGAAGGGCACUGACAUCUGUCUUCUGGGGAGUAGUGGCUGAUCGAUAUGGUCGCAAACCAGUAAUUAUUAUAGGCACUUCAACAGUGGUUAUUUUCAACACACUUUUUGGUUUUAGUGUGAACUAUUGGAUGGCUAUCAUUACAAGGUUUCUUCUUGGCUUUUUAAACGGGCUACUUGGACCGAUAAAGGCAUAUGCAUGUGAACUUUUCAGAGAGGAACAUCAAGCUUUAGGAUUAUCAUCUAUUAGUACAUCAUGGGGCAUAGGACUUAUCGUUGGCCCGGCUUUGGGAGGUUUCCUUGCACAGCCUGCAGAGAAAUUUCCAUCUCUAGUAUCUCCUGAUUCUCUAUUUGGGAGAUUUCCAUACUUGCUGCCUUGCCUAUGUAUCUCCAUUUUCGCAUUAGUUGUGACCAUCGGUGCAAUUUGGCUUCCGGAAACAUUACACUUCCAUAAGAAAGACGAGUUGGAGUCUGCUACCCAUGAUGCCAUGGAAAAAAAGGAUGAAGAAAAUUCUCUACUAAGCCUCUUCAAGAACUGGCCGUUAAUGUCUUCAAUCAUUGUCUAUUGCGUUUUUUCGCUUCAUGACAUGGCUUACUCGGAGAUUUUCUCGUUGUGGGCCGUGAGCCCUCGGAGUUUGGGAGGCCUGAGCUAUACUACUCAGGAGGUUGGCACGGUCCUUUCUAUUGCAGGGCUCGGCCUUCUCAUUUUCCAGACAUCAUUGUAUCCUAUUUUUGAGAAGAUGAUGGGCCCCAUCAUGGUAGCUCGCAUUGCGGGAGUUCUGUCUAUACCUCUACUCUCAACUUAUCCAUAUAUAGCAAUGUUAUCUGGCUUAACUCUCGCAUUGGUAUUAAACUUUGCAUCGGUAUUGAAGAACGUUUUGUCGGUGUCCAUCAUAACUGGGACGUUCAUGCUGCAAAAUGCAGCUGUGGAUCAACGCCAAAGAGGCGCGGCCAACGGUAUAUCAAUGACGUUGCAGUCAAUUUGUAAAGCAAUUGGUCCGGCAUGCGGAGGAGCACUUUUGUCUUGGUCCCAACGGAGACAAAAUGCAGCAUUCCUUCCGGGCGAUCAAAUGAUAUUUUUCUUCUUGAAUGUAAUCGAGGGGAUUGGAGUUCUGCUAACGUUUAAACCGUUUUUGAUCUCAAACCAUUACUAGAAGGGAGCAUUCGAAUCAACAAUCUAUACGAGAGAGAUCUUAAUUAUUCUUUGUGUAUUUACGCCAAUGGCUAUUCGUUUCGGUCGAUAUGUCGUAUAAGUUGGUGUGAAAGGGGGUUUAGCAUUAUAGGCAUUGAAUUUGUUUAGGUUUUGGAUAUCAGGGUUAUAACAAGUUCAAAGUAUAAUCUCAAGCAAAGGGGUGGGCUUCAAUUCUUAUUUUUCCCAUUUUCUUGAUAAAUAAAUCUAA